AUGGAAAAGAUUUACUCAAAAGGUGUCGUUUUAGGUUACAGAAGAUCACAAGCUACUCAAUACCCAAACAUCAGUUUAAUCAAAAUUGAAGGUGUUGUCUCACGUGAAGAUUCAACUUUUUAUUUAGGUAAAAAAGUCUGUUUAGUCAGCAAAGUUUCCAAAUCAGCCAAAAACCCAACUGGUCACAAAAUUUCAUGGGGUAAGAUUUGCAAAACCCACGGUAGUUCAGGUGUUGUCCAAGCUCGUUUCGCCAGAAACCUCCCACCAAAAGCUAUGGGUGCCCCAGUCAGAGUUAUGUUAUACCCAUCAAACAUCUAA